AUGGUCAAGGAAGAAUUCCUCGAUGAAGAAAUAUUGACCUUGAAGGAUGAGCCAAAAAAGCAAAGUCAAAAUGAAUCUUGGUCGAUGUUCUUUGACGGGCCCUCCAAUAUAAUGGGGCAUGGAAUAAGAGCCAUAUUGAUGUCGUCCCAAGGAAAACAUAUCCCAGUGACGGCAAGGUUGUACUUUGAAUGCACCAACAACAUGUCUGAAUACGAAGCUUGUAUAUUGGGUCUACAGGCUACGCUUGAUAACAAAGUCACCAAACUAGAAGUCUAUGACGACUCGGCUUUGAGGAUAUACCAAAUACGAGAUGAAUGGGAAACGAAGGACCAUAAAUUAAUCCAUUAUCGAGCAUAUGUUCAGGAUCUGGUGUCCCAAUUUGAAUCCAUUAACUUCGAGCAUACCCCGAGAAAGGGGAAUCAAUUAGCAGAUGCUCUGCCCACAUUCUCAUCUAUGUUUGCUAUAAAAAAAGGGAUGUGA